AUGCAUCUAGGGUAUUGUGUCUGCCCUCAUUCCUCGUUUGUUGACAUCAGUACUAGCAGGCUGGCCAGCGAAAUUGGUUCAAAUAGCCCCGGUGUUGUGUCGACUUCGUUAUCUUCAAAAGGGCAAAUCACGCCAUAUUAUGGCCAUAUCAUCCAAGGUAUUUUUACCCACAGCUCUCCUUCAAUGCCCAUAGCUGAAAUUCCAGAUCAAAAUGAAACUGACUAUUUGCUGCGAAGCUUGCCAGAUAUUCGUGACGAUCCGAGAAACGGCACAGAGCGAUUGAGGCCGGUCAGAUCAGAGUCUGUACCGACCGUAAAAAACGGUAACAAAGUUCCCGAAUACAACCUACCUUUUCCUUCAAGCUGGCUUAGGAAAAACAAGACCGAUAGAUCAAUGAAGCUGCGAUCCUUAUCAUAUUCAAUCGAGUACUCAGUUUUCAGGCCUAUGGCAUAUAUGAAGUGCAUCGAAUCUGAAUCGGAUAUGGAGACUCAUUUUGUCGAAGUUUUUGAAGAUGAGGGUUAUCUCUUAGGAGAAGGUGAGUGGCCUGAAAACCAUAUUAGUGCGGAGAAUUUCAAUGAAAUGAUACAUACGAUCGUGCACGAUGUGGAGAAUGACCAGGACCUUAAACCGAUAAGAAUAAGUCAGGGCUCAUCCGGAAGUUACUUUAUUUUCGGCAAAAAGCUCGAAAGUAAUAUUAGUGACACAGGCUGCUCGUUUUUGAUUUACAAAAAGGGUGUUUUCAAACCGAAAGACGAGGAGCCGUAUGGCCCUCUCUCUCCGAAAUGGUCAAAAUGGCUUCAUCGAACAUUUUUCCCUUGUUUUUUUGGCCGAUCUUGCUUGAUUCCGAAUCUUGGAUAUAUUUCAGAGGCAGCCGCAUGUGUUCUUGACCGGCAGCUCUUGCUGUUCAUUGUUCCUUCUACCGACAUCAUUCAUUUGAAGUCGGAUCAGUUUUACCAUUCAUUCUGGCUGAGAACUCGACAAAAAGUGAAUUACAAAAUUGGGUCCUUCCAAUGCUUUUUACACGGAUAUGUUGAGGCAAAUGUUUUUUUGAAACAGCAUCCAUUCCCACAAAAUUUGGAAAACGUGCCUGAUGACACCUUUCAAUGGUGCCAUGAAAACGACACCCAAUUUCCUGAAUUCUUUUGGAGUAAAGCAUUGAUCUGUCAAUUCCAAGAUGAAUUGGAGAAGUUGGUAAUUUUGGACUAUAUAAUGCGGAACACGGACCGUGGAACGGACAACUGGAUGAUAAAAAUUGAUUGGGUUGAACUGGAUCAUGACGGAAUACUGAAGAGGAUAAGUGCUAGAGUAAGGAUUGGAGCCAUUGAUUCUGGAUUGGCAUUUCCUUGGAAACAUCCUGAUGAGUGGAGGUCAUUUCCGUUUGGCUGGCUAUUUUUACCCUAUUAUAUCAUUGGAAGGCCUUUCUCCAACAAGACAAGGAGGCAUUUUCUUCCUCUACUCACUUCCAAGUACUGGUGGGAGCAAACAACUAUAAAACUCAAAUCAUGUUUUCAAAAAGACGCAGAUUUCAAAGAGCGGAUGUGGCACAAGCAAAUUGCAGUAUUGAAAGGCCAGGCUUUUAAUGUUGUUGAAAUAUUGAAGCUCCAACACGCUGGUCCAUUAGAGCUUAUAAGAAGAGAAAAUCUUCUUAUUUGGGAUGACACGAUGAACGUACCAUCAACGGUACAAUCUGGCGCCCUGGAUAAUGCAAUCCAGAGCAGUAUCCACAAUGAGUCGAAUGAAAAUCACGACUUUGAGAGACGCAAAACCUUACAGUACUCGGAAACCACACCGUUAUUGAAUCUGAACCAGUCUACCGUGGGGUUUCGAUUACAACAUGACAUUAAAAGGUCGCGACUGCAUUUGCGAAGGAGAUGA